CGUACAAAAUUAGCAGGGGAUCAAAUACUUUUUUCCCCUCACUGUACACCCUAGGGUAUGAAGGCAAACUAGCGGAGGGAGCAUGAUGCUCUGGGCAUAGUUCUGCUGGGAAACCUGGCGUUCAUGUGCAUGUUACUUUCAUGUACAUGUCACCAUGUUCCUAUACAUUGUUGCAGACCAACUACUACCCUUCAUCACAUUCCCUAAUGGCAGUGGCCACUUUCAGCAGGAUAAUGCGCCCUAUAACACUGCAAAAAUUUUCAGGAAUGAUUUGAGAAACAUGACAAAUAGUUCAACGUUCCGAUCAAGCAUCUGUGGGAUGUGAUGGAGAAACAAGUCCGAUCCAUGAAUGCCCCACCAACAUACAGGACUUAAAGGAUCUGCUCCUAAUGUCCUGGUACAAGAUACCACAGCACAUCUUCAGAGGUCUUGUGACGGUAUAUGUGUUAAUGUAUCUUAGCUAAAGAUUUUGUCAGGUUAGUCCUUUAUAAUAACAUGUAAUCACAAAGGCACUACCAAACCGCUCUCUUCUCUCUGUCUCUUCUCUUUUCUUCUCUGUAACUCCUACUCUAGAACUUCUUUGCAGAAUAAAUUAUCUGUUUAAUGAGUUUCUCUUCUCUCUUGGCAUAAACUCUGACUUCUGAUCUCUAUUUGAAAACUCUUUAUACCUCUUUUUUAUUAUUAUUAUUUUUUUUACACUUAUUCAUUUAGCAGAUGCUUUCAUCCAUUUUUUAGCACCAGAUAUUUAGGCUGCACAUUCCUUAGGACAGAAAAGACCUAUUUAUAAAUAAUAGGUUAUUCCAUAUUAAAUAAGGGCUAUGGAAUUAGUUAAACUAAAAGAAGGAAACUUCCAACAAGGAAGCAAAAUGUUGGUGUUUUAGAUCACCAUAUUCCAUGCUAUUCAUAAUACCAUGUUUUUUAUGCUAUGGAAAAAAAGUUAAUUUUGCAGGGUUUGCAUGUGUUCAGUGUAACCGAUGGAAAGAUUAGUAUAUUGUGACAUUUUUGCACAUGUGCACAGAUGUGAAUCAAUUUUGCAUGUGUGCAAGGGCCAGGUCUGACUGCAUCUUUCCUAUCUAACCGCAUCCCUGCCCAAAUUUACAGCAUGCAAGCAUGGCAAAAAUCAGGCAGAGGAUGCAGCUUAAUGUACUGCGUUACUACGUGUCUUGCAUGCCCUAUUAUGUGUACAGAGAAAAGGAGAAGUUUAGACUCAUGACACCCUCAGAACUAAACAAAAAAACUUUAUUUCUGAAUCUCAAAAAAAAAAAAAAAAAAAUCAACUUUCACUGUUGUAGCAUUGUUUUACUUGAUUCUCCCUUGUCCACGUACAAAUACAUGAACAAAUACGUAUAACUGAGCUUUCAAAAUCUAUAAAUCUUUCAAAAAUAUACCAGAGAAAAGGAGGUGCUGUUGGACAAAAAAAUAAUUAUUUAAUGGUGGUCUUUGACUAGCUCUGAGAUCUAUAGAUUUGUGCUGUGUGUUUUCUAAAUUAGUAAGGUGAUUAUCAUUUUGUCUUUUCUCAUAAUCUUCUACAGAAUGAUAUCAUCACAACUCAGAGAGCUUGCAUUCUUAGGGCACUUGCUGUGUAUCUCAAUGAAGAUAAUAAAGUUCAUGAAGGAGAUUUUAAAAAAUACUUAAGUUAGAUACUAUGGUUAAGAAAGGAAAAAAGCCCUUGUAUUAGUUAAAAUACCAGUUUGAACUGGACAAAAUUACACUUGUAUGCAGUAAUGGAAUGGAAAUUAAUUAUUCAGUGACUUAGUUUGUUGGUGAGAUCCGCACAAUUAACAUACUGUAGCUUACUUACUAACACAGCUGUCAUGGCAAUAGCACAAGCUAUUGGUGGCCUUAUUGUAUUUUAAAACACUUCUCUGGUGUAAGAUGCUGACUAGGGCAACACAUUUGUGAAAUGCACAAUACCUAGAUAAUUUAUAUAGUGGCGCCAGGCCAUUAGCCGGCACACAGGAAACAAAGAUCGCUCCUCGCGCGACUGCCACAGUGGCGCAGAAGAGACAGUUCCGCUUCAGCGCCACCAAAUGUUUUGGACAUCCAGAGAGCACGUAGCGGCGGGGCGGGGCCGCCGACACACCCAUGGCUCGUGAAUGGUGCACCGUACGGAAGAAUUCCACCAUCCAGCAAGUGAGGGGAGAGUAUAAAAUGGCGAUAUUCCACUCGCAGAGAGUAAGAAGUAUCUCCAAGCAUGUGCGCGAUUCUCUGGCAUAUUUAUGCAGCUUUGCUGAUGCGUGCUUGUUUGCUAACCGCUGUUGUGUGUUUUUCGGGUUUCAGGUGACUCCGACGUGAGUGACGGCUCCACCCCGCCCCCUUGGCUGUAACCGCCGACGGCUGAGACCCUUCACCACCCGAUCGCCCUUCAACCCACAUACACACACCCACACCCCCAAUCACCGAUUCCCUUCAGUAAGUCUCCCAUAACCUUGAAACAGCCUCCUGUGUGUCUGUGCUCUGCCCACCACUGGCUAAAAUCCCUACACUGGUGGAGAAUGCGGGAAUGAGCACAGACCAGCCCAUCUUAAAAAUUUUUUUAAAAAACACUUCCGCCGCCCCCAUUUUCCCUCUCCUCCUUGGGGAUUGUUCAUAAACAUGGAUCCCACGCUGCAGCACCUUCUGGAGGCCAGUAUUCAACAGCAAACAGUGGCACAACAGCUCGCCCACAGCCUACAAGCCGUGACACAAGAGCUAGUGGCCCUGAGGACAGCGACUCCCGCAGCUGCUACGCACCUCCCUGAUCUGGGCCGUGAGGUCCGACGCCUGCUUCCCCCUCUAAACCCCGAAGGCGACAUCGAGGCCUACCUCAAGAACUUUGAGGGCUUCGCCCACCGCGAAGAGUGGGACUGCGAUGAGUGGCCACGCGUCCUCGGCCCGCUGCUUUCCGGGGAGGCACGCACGGCCUAUUACUCCCUCUCUCCAGAGAAAGCUAAAGAGAGAGAUCCUGGCAUAGUAUGGGCGAAACCCGCUCCAGGCAGCGGCGGAGUUCCACCAAUGGCGCUACAGGCUGGAAGCCAAGCCACGUGGACAGAUGGACACCCUCCUGCGCCUUACCAAGAGGUGGCUCCAGCCUGACAUGCACUCUGCCACCGAGGUUGUAGAGAGGGUGGCCGUGGACCGGUUCCUGAGGACCUUGCCACCCACAGAACGCCAGGCCGUGGGGAUGCGAGUCCCCGGGACAUCCAGGGAACUAUUGACCGCCCUGGAACACACCCUGACCACCCUGGCACUCGGCAAAGAGGGACAGCACCAGCAAGGCCACCCGGACUACGGGGCACCCCAGGACAAGCCCAGCCCGACCGAGUCAGACCAUAGGACCGAAGAAGACCCAGAAAACCUGGACGGCAGGACGCGUCCUCCCCACGCUGGAUCGGCCAAAACCGCCACAGCGAGCGAAGGAAGCACGAGUGCAACAGGCCUACCUGGCCCAAGGCGAGGUGGACGGCGGGACAGAAGGUAAGCUGCACACACCUUCUAACCCUCUCUCGUCUGUGUUCCAGCAAGUAAACCGGCAGGGGAACUUUGGCCGAGAGCAGAAAGAGGACUGCCGCCUGAAGUAUUGCUGGGCCCAGGUGCGCCAAAUCGAAGGGAUCGACCAGAACCCGAACCAGAGACUCCCCUCCUCGUACUUGCUGAUCAAAGGAGGCUUACUGUACCACCGGACCAACUGCCGAGGGGAGACCAUGGUCAUGCCCAAAGCCAGAACGCGGGCCGUGAUGCACCUGGCCCAUGCCCAUCCGCUUGGGGGCCACCUGGGGCUAAGAA